AUGGCCAUGGCUUUUGCGGCUGUCUUCUGUAGAACCUCUUACUCCAAGCAAAAAAAGCGGCUGGACGAUAUCAAGGACUCCGCCGCUUACAAGGCUUUCCCGAAGGAAGACAAACAAUCAAUUGAGGUAUCAGGAGAGUUUCUGGAGCUGAGUAUGUUUUCAUUGUGUACGCAAUGAGUGAAUGAUACAGGACGGUCUGACCGUCGUGCAGAAGCUCAUCGAUUCAGGCCUCGUCAUGAGUAGGCAUUGCAUAGAGAAGGCGAGGCAAAAAGACGGGAUCGGAGACAAUGCAUAUAGACAGAUAGAAAAAGACAAUUCGGCACCAUGUGUGCGUGUUCAUUGGCCAGUCAUCUUCGGUGCAUUCGGCCUGGUCGGCCUCGUGGUUGGCGCUGUUUUCAGGUGACUACAAACACAACGAAAGCGUCUUGUGCUGUGUCUCGUCACACAUAUGUAUAUCUUCAGCGGCCUGUCCACCAAAGACGCCAAAUGGCAGAUGCCUGGUCCUUAUCCGAAGAGAGAGAGAGAGAGAGAGGGAGGGAGGGAGAGACCUCUGCGUCUCUGAUGCGUAUGUACAGGCCUCAUUGGCUGGAUUGUUGGUCUCGUCUUCAUCCUCCUCGGUCUGAUCGUGUGGGGCGCGAUGACCGCCGAGGGGUAAGGAGACAUGCAGACGGAAGGGGGUCAGAUGCAUGUGUCUCGGCUCUUCUUGCAGCACCGAUGCCGACCAAGUGUCCUGCUCGGACGACAAAGGCAAGGACCGCGUCUGCCCCAUGGGCCACAGCUCGAUCCUCGGUGAGACAGGAUCCCAAAGCCAACAUUCAUCGACUCGACUCACUUUCGUCCAUGCGUGUGCUUCUUCAGCCCUGGUGGGAUUCCUCCUCGCUGUGAUCGGCACGGUCCUCCACGCCAUUCCUUCGAAAUAG